UAUUAGAAGCGGCGAGGCGAGGCGCGGGGGGCGCAGCUCGGAGCCGCUGUGAGUCCGGGCCCGCCGCUUUUCGCCUCUUUUGCGCAUCUACCUCAGCGGGUGGCCGCGGCGUCGGGGAAGGCGAGAGCGGCGCUGCAGGAGCCCCAGGGCUGCGCCGCGCCACGAGCUCUUCUUCGCGCGCCGGGGAGAAGAGAAAGUGGGGCGGAGGAGCGCCCGAGGUUAGACGCUCGCCCGGCCGCCGUCGAGUGGGGUUUGAUCCGUGCGCGGGGGCUCGUCGCGGCCACGGAGAGGCGCCCCUCGGGAAGAUGCACACGACCCAGAAGGAUACCACCUACACCAAGAUCUUCGUCGGGGGGCUGCCCUACCACACCACGGACUCCAGCCUGCGCAAGUACUUCGAGGUCUUCGGCGAGAUCGAGGAAGCCGUCGUCAUCACCGACAGGCAGACGGGCAAAUCCAGGGGAUACGGAUUUGUGACCAUGGCCGACCGAGCCGCUGCUGAAAGGGCCUGCAAGGAUCCUAAUCCAAUCAUUGAUGGCAGAAAAGCUAAUGUGAACCUAGCAUACCUAGGAGCAAAACCAAGAAUAAUGCAGCCAGGUUUUGCUUUUGGUGUUCAACAGCUCCAUCCAGCAUUAAUACAGAGGCCUUUUGGGAUCCCUGCCCACUAUGUCUACCCCCAGGCUUUUGUGCAGCCAGGAGUAGUAAUUCCACAUGUCCAACCCACCGCGGCAGCUGCCUCCACUACACCUUACCUUGACUACACCGGAGCUGCGUAUGCUCAGUACUCAGCCGCUGCCGCAGCAGCAGCGGCGGCGGCAGCCUAUGACCAGUAUCCUUAUGCAGCAUCCCCAGCUGCCACGGGUUAUGUCACUGCCGGGGGCUAUGGCUACGCGGUCCAGCAACCAAUCACUGCUGCAGCACCUGGGACAGCUGCAGCCGCAGCAGCCGCCUUUGGCCAAUACCAGCCUCAACAGCUGCAAACAGAUCGUAUGCAAUAACAGAUAGACUUGUGACGGAAGUUUUCUCUCUUUUUGAAAAUUCUUCUCAUAUGUAACUUCCAGCCUUCCAAAAGAAACAGUUUUGAAAGAAGCAAUUUAACCUUAACUAAUCCAGCUUUAAGGAAAGUUACAAUGCAGUACAGUAUUACACACACAAAAGCAAUGAAUUCCACUGUCUCUGUACACUAUGCAUCCACAGUGUAGGUAGUAUUGUAUGGUGGAUAUUGUAAUAAUUUCAGAUCAGGAGCACCAUCCUAUCAUGAAAAGAUGGCCGAAGUUAACAACAGAAACUCAUUUUAAAAAGAGAAAGGAAAAAAAUACAGUAAAAGAUUUUUUUUUUUUUAAAUAUCAGGGGGGGAUAUCCAGGUGAGCAAUAUGUAGCUGGUUAUCAAGUUGAAGAUGACUCUUAUUUAAACGUCGAUAGCACUGAUUGUCAUCACAGCUUUUUCACUAUGGCCUACAGAAUAAGUUUGAAUAAGUUCUUUGAAUAAGAACUUUGAAUAAGUUCUGCAAACUUCCUCCCCCCCCCCCCCUUACAAUCUCAUAAUGGGCAUCGAACAAACUAAGGAACGUGGCCUUUUUGGGAAUAAAGGGUGGUGGACAGGCACCAAAGUUGUUUUCUCAUCUGUCCUCUGUAUGAAUGGGACUAUGGAGCAAGUGGUGUGGAAUUAAUGGGUGCAACAGCUGUACAGACAAUCAGUAACGCAGACUGUUCUGGAAAAGAACACAUCACUCGUGCUCGUUUGAUGAGCUUGUCACAUUCUAAUCCCCUCUCCCCCAUCCUGUUUCACUUUUAGGAAACUUUGACUGCUAGUGUCAGCUAUUCUGAUUCUGAAAUAGGAUCAGCUCUUUACUACAACAGCCUCCUCUUUUUUUAUUUAUUGUAUCUAUUCAUGGCUUGAGAAUAAAAGCAGGAAGAAAUUUGCUGAUUUAAAACCUUUUAAGAACUGUGUUAAGGGAUUUUUGGGGGGGGGGAUGAUUUAUAUGCAAUUUAAUGCCUAUUUAAAGUAUUUAUUAGCAAAACGUUAAGGUUUUUUUUUUUCAUGAGACAACUUGUUGAGAAUGCAGUUCUUCGAGGAUUAAUGUUAUUGUGCCUUAAUUGUGAUGCUAUUUAAAAUAUAAAUAUAUUUAUUUUGAAAGUUCUACAAUGCUGCACUCUCGGGAAAACAACUUUAGAUGUGAAACUGUAAAAUUAUGUAUUCAUCUCAUGGCAUAAAUUAUUUAGUAGGUUUAGCUGUAGUAUAUAAAAUAUUAACCUAAUUGACUGAAGAUGCUGAUGUUAAGUUUUAUUUAAAUUUCAAGCGAGUACACCUUUUGCAAGGGUACUUUUAACACUUCUUUUUUUAAAAGGUUUUGAUCUUUAAAAUGGCUGAUUUCGUGCUUCUCCCUCCCUCUUUCACCUUGCUCCCUAAACCCAUGUACUUGGAAGAAAGCGCUAUUCAUUUCAGUGCAAUUGAUUUCCACGUAAGUGGGUACUAGUUACGGAUUGGGGCACUUGCUCACACUUGCUCAGGAGAAAAGCCUUACUAAUCCAUUCCUGGUAUGGGAUGAAGGCUGCUUCCUCGUAGUCUGGUGAUAGGCUUCUUCUUCACUAAUCACAUUUGCAAAAAGGAGCCACCGUAGUUAGACGAAGAGUGUAACCAGGUGAUUUCUCCAGUUCAUGUGGUUCCUGUUUACAGACCUUACUCAGCAGCAUGAGACUAGACUACACAGAACAGCCUAGGCUAUUGCAGUUAACACGGCGUUGAGCCCAAGUCCUACUGAUCUUGCUCGGACUUAGUCCCAAAUAGAUAAGAGGAAGACUGGUUCUUAAAAAUGCAUUAUAUGGAAAUGGGCUUCAUGUUUUAAUCCAUGUAAUGCGUUUAGGGAAGAGAUAUCAGUGUUUUCUUUUUCAGAUCACACAUGGGUAGCUUUUGCUUCCAUCUCUCUGUCUGUAUCGACUAUUAUUCCUUUGCUAGGAAUUCCGCUGCUUUUACAUUGUCCUGUGAAACUACAUUAACUUACAGGGUUGUUUUUUUCUUGAGCAAAAAUGGAAUUUGAUAUUUUACACUGUAUUGGAAUCUUUUUUUAUACUUGAACAAUUUCAUACAAGGGAAAACAGGAUAGCAUUUUUAAGGACUUGAUCCAAUGUCACUGGAUUUAUUUUGGAGUAUUUUGGAUACUAGCCAGUGUUAUGUAAGGUAGAUAACAUGACUUUCACAUGCAUGUUAUUUAUUAUGUAUAUUGCCUUAAAAUGUUUCAGGUCUUCUAAUCUAUACACUUGUAUUAAAAAAUCUAUUUAAAAUGUUGAAUCUAGUCUAUUUACAGCUGUGCCAGAAACAGACUCUUACCAUAUUAGGAUAUGAAGACAAAUGGAACAUACAUUUCAUACAGAUUAAAUUGGGCAGUGUUAUCUGUGUUCUGUUUUAAGGUUCAAAUGAGUACUUGAUUGAUUUAGUGCUCUUGUGCCCUGCCUUUCUACCCAUAUUGGCACUCAAGGUGGCUUAUAAGACUUUAAAAAUAAAAACAAAACUAAAAUAAAGAGAAGAUAAUUGUGGCUGCAAUGAGUGUAAA